CUAGGGUUUCCUCUUCUCCUCCUAUAUAUAUUUCAAAACCUAGCCGCCUGCUAGGUUUCUUCUUCACUCCAAAUCGAGAGAACCGCAGGAGCUUCGCCACUGCCGCCGUCAUGGGUCGUAUGCACAGCCGCGGAAAGGGUAUCUCCUCGUCGGCGUUGCCGUACAAGAGGACUCCUCCGAGCUGGCUCAAGAUCUCCGCUCCGGACGUGGAGGAGAACAUCUGCAAGUUUGCGAAGAAGGGGCUGACGCCGUCGCAGAUCGGUGUUAUUCUCCGUGAUUCUCAUGGUAUUGCCCAGGUGAAGAGCGUCACUGGGAGCAAGAUUCUCCGGAUUCUCAAGGCUCAUGGGUUUGGUCCGGAGAUUCCAGAGGAUUUAUACCAUUUGAUUAAGAAGGCGGUGGCAAUCAGGAAGCACUUGGAGAGGAACAGGAAGGACAAGGAUUCCAAGUUCAGGCUGAUUCUUGUGGAGAGCAGGAUCCACCGCUUGGCUCGUUACUACAAGAGGACCAAGAAGCUCCCUCCCGUCUGGAAAUACGAAUCCACCACCGCCAGCACUCUUGUGGCUUAGGUUUUAAUCUCCUCAGCCUGAAGGAUGCUUAUAAUGAAGUUGAUUUACCUUGGAAUUUUGGAUCAGAAUGGAGAGUUCCCUUGUUAGAGAAUGAAAUUUGUGCCUUUGUUUCUUUUUACGAAAAUAGGACAGCCCUUCGGAUGCUCUGAAUAGCUGACAUUUGGUUGACCCCAUUUUCGUUUUCAAUUGGCUAAAGUAGUGUGUUCUUGUCGUAUGGGUAAUGGCAAUUAUUUUUGAUAUAUGUCUGAUGCUUGCUAUGGGAUAAACAGGGUUCAUGUUGGGUUCAGCCACUUCUGGCAUAGCCAUACCUGAACCCAGACUGUGUGGAACUCAGUUCCAAUCCAAAUUCUAUAUCCACUAAGAGGUGGAUCUCGUACUGGUAUCAUUUUAUUACAGAUAUGUUUAGUAUGAGUGACCAUUCGGUAUACUGAAUUUUGGUAUGUUUUUCGUAUCAUGUACCAGUUUUUGUAAUAUGUACCAGUUUGGUAUGGUCUGUAUGCAUCAGCA